AAAAGCCGAGGGAAGCAAGUCUUCAGAACAAAAAGUUUCCUCUGUGAAGACAAAUGUUUGGCCUCUUUCUCCCGGGGUUGUGUGCAUACAGAGAUCCGAGAAUCGCGUUUUAUGUGUGACCGCACGGAGGGUUGGACAAAUUGAAGGAGCAACAGGAGGCGGCAGAGACGCUUUCCAGAAGAAGCAAGGGGAGAGAGAGAGGGAAGGAGAGAAAGGGAGAGAGAGAGAGACUAUCUCACUCUCCCAGUCGUAGUUGCAACCGGAUCGCAUACAGCGUCUAUUUCGACACUGGAAUAGCAGGACAAUGUCUAGUAAAGCGACUUUAGCCUUACUCAUCUAUGGAAUCAUAAUGCACUACAGUGUCUACUGCUCACCUCUCGGGCUUAACUAUCCUAACCUUAGACUUGAAAAUGAGGUUUAUGACGAGGAUGGGAAUUCGUUACCGGCCUUGGCUUUUGACAGCGAUCAAAUUGCUAUAAGAAGUCCCCCGUCUGUGGCUGACGAUUUGUACACUUUAUACUACCCACCGGAGAAAAGAACGGAAAGGCAUGCAGACGGAAUGUUUAAUAAAGCCUACAGGAAAGCGCUGGGUCAGUUAUCAGCAAGAAAAUAUCUUCAUUCUCUGAUGGCAAAGCGUGUAGGUGGAGGGAGCACCCUGGAAGACGACACAGAGCCUCUGUCAAAGCGACAUUCGGAUGGGAUCUUCACAGAUAGCUACAGCCGCUACCGAAAGCAAAUGGCAGUCAAGAAAUACCUGGCGGCAGUCCUUGGGAAAAGCCCUGAAGACUUAGGUUUUCACCAUAUUCUACAAGACAUAGACUUUGAUGCCCUCCCGGAUGGGGAUGAGUUUGAGGCUAUUUUGGGAGACUGGCUGAAACAGUUCUCUCCCGAAUUUCCGGUGAGUUCCAGGCUCUUUCCCGAGGCCUUGUCUUGAGGGAUGUCUCCUGUCUCUCCCUCUUUUUCUCACCGUAACCUAAACCUGUGAUCUUACGCUCCAAAUACUUGAUACAACCCAAUCGCCUCCUUUCCUCAAUUGUGCUCCUGUCUCUCUAGAGAUACUGUAUCUACUAUAUUCACACCUAUAUAAUGCAUGUCAAGCAUGCAUGUACAGAAUAUGUAUGAACGUGAAUAUAGAUGCAUAGAUAUGUUAUACACAUAUACCGUGUGUCGAUAUACUGUACAUAUUUUUUUAAAUUCCCCCUAAAUAUCCUAUCAUAGGCUGUAGGAUAAUAAUGUGAUGUCAAACAGUAUUAUAAAUAAAUGAAUAUUUUAAGAGCAAAACAGACAUGACCCAACUGGCUUUAGAAGCCUUACAUAUGGUGGUAAUCCAGCCACUAAAGUGAAAUACUUGUUAGAAUGUCCCUUUGACCCCUAUACGACCCCGAUAUAUAAGAUGAGGACCAGAGUGCUUUUGAGCUUUUUCUUUUCUUCCGGUUGUUCUUCUUCAGUGUUAACGAAAAUAAGCUUACACUUUUGAACUUUGUGCAAAGUAUCUAUCUUGUGUUCCUCUCUAGUGCGAUCCAUGUGUUUGAAAAGAUCUUGAAAACCUGGAAUGCUGUUAAAGGUUUUCCAUAUGUCUCUUCUCGCCACAUAAGAAGUAUCAUGAACAUAGAAUAACCUAGAAUGUUAGCAGACUCGAAAGAAAGAAAGAAAAAAUUCAGACCGUUUCGGCUAACAUGAUACUUUUUAUAUGGCUUCAUUUAAUUUCACAAAUGUUGUUAUUUUUCAUGAGGAACAUUGCAGAGGUAAUCUGAAGACGUAUGUGUUGCAUCUUCCUGGUUGCUCUACUGUGCUUCCCCUCUAUUGUCAUGUGAACCAAUGUAAAGCUAGACUGCAUGAUUAAAGUAAUUGCACUAGCCACAAAAUCUGUGCAAACUACUGCAAUUGGCUGGUUUUGUUUGCUCACUGAUUGACGUAUCUACAUAUCUGUGUUUCUGGAUGUUGUUUUGUUUUUGUUCUUCCCAAACAUUACUGCACAACGUGUGUGAUUGAACGUCUGACCCCUGUCCUCUGUCGAGGAAACUCGGAUGAAUGUACUGCAGAGGAGAAGCUCUUAGAAAGAGUCUUGUCAUGUUGUCCCUUUUAGUCUCUUCUCAAUGGGACUUGAGGCAAGAUUUUGUUACAUUCCAAAUGUAAUAUAUGCCAAAAACAAUUCUUGAAUGAUCGUUGUUUUGAAUGACCUAUCCUGGCAGCCCAAGCGCAGCGCAGUAAAACUUCUACCUAAUCAACAGUUAGAUAAAGCCUUAAACAUAAUGAACCGUGCCUGUACUAUUCUGAACACCACCAAUCCCAAACUCGCUCCUCAGUUUACUUGCCUCUUUGCUGUUGAUGUAAAUGAUCACAAGAAGAGUAGCAGAGAACCUGUUGAGUGCUAGAUAGACCCAAGUAUGAGAGGAGUGGGAAGAAGAGAGAGGAAGGAGGAUAGCGGGUGCGAGAGAGGAGAACAAAGAGAAAGAGGGACACAGAGAAAGAGGGAGAGUCCAUGACCAAUCAAUUUGAGAGAACAAAACAGUGGUCUUUGGCUUUAAAAGGGAGUUACCAGGCAAAGGUUUCCACACUUCAUUAGAAGAACCUGCCUCUCUUCUCACUUGUACACAUCAGUGACAUAUAGACAAUGGUUAUUCAGACAGAACAAGCCACACUUCUUCUAACUAGAAGCAUGAUUGGGUUAGUGACUUCUAUAAUAGCCAUCCCGGGUUUUGGCAGCAUAAAAAAAAUUGCUAAUAAGAUCAUGAAAAAUGUUGCUUCUGAAUCCCCACAGUAUACUUCCCCUUCCUGGUCCCAACACCUCAUUAGCCCACUUGCCUAAAAAGCAAGGAGAUCUAACUCCAAUAAUGCAACAGGCAGAUUCUACAGACACUGUAGGUUAGGUUUGAGCUUUGUGACACUGAGCAGUAGGACAAAGUUCUUCGAUCUGUGCCUGUGUGUAUGAAAUCAAUCUUUCUUUAAUUCUGCAUUCCCCUCCAGGCUUUGUGACGCAGGAUGCAGCUUGCGGCUGUGGUGCCUUGCUCCGACUUUAAAAUCGCCACGAAUCACAGAUGGCUAUUUAGUAGCCCUACAAUGCUGCACAUCAUCAGCUUACAUUUCACCCUUUGGUUGUUGUUUUUGUGUAGCGCAGACAUUUGAUUGGAUCUUUAGUGCCAUUCGGUGUAGUCUCCGAGCACUCUUGCUCGCGAUCAUUUCUUUUGGCGGUUGUUUUUGAUUUUUUUUAGAGCACAUAGACUUAGAUAAUUGUGAUAGAUAGUUGCAAACAUCAUGAUUACCCUCUCUCCAUAAUGUGUAUCAUUUUGAAAGCGCCAACAGCCUUACUAAACGUGAAGAUUAAACUUAAAACAUAUAUUUAUUGUGUAGAAAAUUGAUAUUAGAGAGUACUAUUAUAAUGAAGAAGAAAAAAUGGCGAACCCGCAAGGGUCAAGUCUAUAAAUGUUUAAUAAAAGGUGUUGUAAGAUUUGUAUGAAUAAAUUUUUGUAAACAACACAA